CCCAAAAACAUUCGACCACAGACGCAAUAAUACGGAAAAAAGCGACCAUAACAACGUCAAACAUGGAGCAGUUUCCUUGGAAGUCGGAAUCAGGGCAAAAUAUUCGAGGGAGACGAGCGUUCUUCUUUUUUGAACAGCUUACGAAAGAAAUAGAGCUUCUUGAAAAUGCACUCCAUAGGAAUUUAAAUUUUCAAACCAGCGGGCGGACGUUGAGUCGGAAAUCUUUGGACUCGUAUUUAAACGAAGUUCUUGAAUUGGAACAAGACGUUGGCUGCGUUUUGACCUGUUUGUUUGGCGAAGUGAGCGAGAAAGAAGAGUCAAAGGAAGUUUGCGUGUUAGUGGACAACGACGAGGUUGCAAUCACGGACAUUUUGCUCGGAUUUAUCGGCCCGAAAAAUCAUAAAUGGAUCGGAAGGCCUAAAAUACUUUUCCUGGUUCAUCAGCCCAAAACGCUAAGCCAUGAAAACAUUCCUCUAUUCAACCCUUUAAUGAGUAUUUCGGCAACAAACCAUAGUGGGUGGCUAGUCCUAGUUUUGAAAUCCAAUGAAAAUGUCCAGAACCUGAUCAAAAUAUUCCAAGGAAACGAAUUAAAACAGGGCAAAAGCCUGCAGGAACUCCUCUCGACUCUACUUGUAUUGAAGCCUGACGAUAAACCAUGUGAAGAUUUUCUAAACUCUACACUGCAAUAUCUGCUCAAUUUUCCAGAACAGCCUAGAUCUUUUGUCAAGCCUGACUUUUCCCGACUAAAUUCUGGAGCUCCUGCUCCCGUGCAAAAUCUAAGCUUUGAUGAGUUGCUGGAAGAAGCGAGAAAGUUCUUUCAAGAAAGCAGAGUUUUGCUCGUGAGUUCCGUGGCUGGUGCUGGAAAGACAACCGUUCUCAGAGAAGUCGCUUAUCAGCUUGGAAGGAACGAUUCCAAUUUGAAAAUUCUGCACGUCUCACUUCCAGAGCAUGCGGUUUGCUUUGUAGGAAGAAAGUUGAAUGAAGUAAAUUUCCUCGCGAAGAGCACGCACUUUUCUAGCGAGGAAGUGAAGAGUUGGAUCGACGGCAAACAGGCGUUGGUUCUUCUCGACGGAUUUGAUGAAAUCUGUCCAAACCACCGUGAAAAGGUUCUGAAUUUCGUGGAGACCUUGAAUAAGAAAGGCGUCCCCAUUUUGAUCGGAACGAGACCUCACGAGGCCGAUGCGAUCCUGGCGAAGAUAAACAAAGCGGCACUCGCUAAAAUCGAUCCGUUCAACAAAGAAAAGCAAAUCGAGCUCCUACAGAUGAUCAGCGAAAAAACUAAGCAAGAGUGCGAGCAGUUUUUGGACAUGUUUCCAAACAAGGACAUUCUGGAAAACCCUCUGCAUCUCUCCAUGUUAGCCGAGUGCGACGGUGAAGGAAAUUUAUACCAAGUCUAUGACAAAGUCGUCCGGAAAAAGUUGGAACUGUGCUUGGUGAGGAAAGGGUACGACCGCAACAACGCGAAUGUGUUCUCGGAACAAACGGAACUGGCCUUGAAAUCGAUUCGACUGAUUGCAUCACGCUUUCUGAGGAACAUCAGCCUCGUUGGCCCUGGCGUGACUGAAAAAGAUUUGGAGAGAAUGAACGAUUUUGGGGUUGCAAUCGUUGAGGAGGGAAAUGUCACAUUCUUGCAUCACACAUUCGCCGAAUUCCUCACCACGCAGCAGUUCAUUAGUGACGUUGAGGAAACUGGUGAAUCUGAAAUACAGAUGUUUGAAGUUGACCAGGACAGCAAAUUUAAGGAGUGCAGACGCACUCUGAAUUACUUUUACGAAACUCUGACGGACGAGGAAGAUAGAGGAUUGCAUUUGGAAUACUUCAACCUGCGGUUGGAAUUUCCCUUGCCAUUCUUCAAACGUGUUUUUUCAGAGAACCUGAAACAUGUUUUUGAUCUCUUGAAGCCGAAAAUUUCCUUCAAUAAUUCUAAAGACAUCAACCUGAAAUAUUUCAGACGAGAAUUAUUGAUAGAUUCAAUUCAGAGUGAAGAAAUCGCCGUUGAACUGCUCGAGAUGGGCGUGAUUGACCACGAGCAACAGUUGAUUGAAAUCUUACCUCCAUUGCUGAGCCAAGCAGCUAUACACAAUGCCACAGACCUUUUCAACAAGUUAAAAGAGAAGUUCUCUAGUUUGCCCGAUCUGAUCCGAUCAAGAAGCCAUGAAAUCGAUGCAGGGUUUUUUGCGGUGGCCAAAGGACACAGCAAAAUGCUGGACUUGCUUCUCGAGAACGGCAUUGAUAAAGAUUACCUGGUGCAACAGCGAAAUGUCCUUUUUGAGGCUUGUGCAAAGGGCAGUGUGGAGUGCGUAAAGGUUCUUUUCAAGCACGGAGCAAGAGAAGCACGGGACUUUUAUGAAAAUCACAUUGCUCUGAACGUGGCGGCAAAAUUUGGUAACCUGGAGCUCGUCACGUUCCUUCACGAGGAAACAAGUAAGGAAGGAGAUCAAGAUUCACUCGGUUGGAAUGCUUUACAUCAUGCUGUUUACCACGGACAUGAGAAAGUCGCUCAAUAUUUACUCUCACAUUACCCAGACUUCAAGGAUCGAAGCACAACUGACGGUGAAGACGUACUGAAUCUAGCAGUGCGAAGCGGAAGGUUGGAAAUGUGCCGUUUCCUUCUGGAAAACACGGGUUUCAACCUGAACUCUCUGACUUCCUGCAAGGGUGGGUCUUGGAGCAGGAAUCAGCUCGACUUCUUUCUGAUGCUGCAAGGAGACGCCAGGAAAAGGGACUCAACAGGCAAGACUAGUCUUCAUUGCGCCGCUGAGUAUGGUCAUUUGGAUCUGGUCCGCGAGUUGGUCGAAUCCGGUGCAGAAAUUGGGGCAACGGACGAAAAUGGGUGGAAUGCCGUUCACUUUUCGUGUUAUUGCACUGCAGAGAUCAGUGUAUUUGACAUCAUCAAGUACUUGCACGGUCAAAACAGUUCACUGGCCAAGGCACGAACAAACGACGGAAGAACAGCCUUGCAUAUUUUGAUGGGAAUGUGUCAGGGUGAUAAAAUUGACAAAGUUCAGUUUUUGGUAGAGGUCGGAGUGGACGUAAAAGCACUGGACGAGCGAGGAGAGACAGCUUUGCGGAUUGCUAUUGACAGAAAUCUAACAUCAUGUGUACGCUACUUGAUGACCAAAGACAUUGACCUUUCAAUCACAGUGCGGGGACUAUCAUGUCUGCACUACGCAGCACAAGAAGACGAUUUGGAUGCUCUGCGAAAGUGGGUCGAAGCGGGUGGAGAUUUGAACGUGAAAGACGAAAGUGAUGAUUCAACGGCACUGCAUUGGGCUUCAAAAUUAGGCCACUUGCGGUUUGUGCAGGAACUUCUGGCCCACGGAGCCGACUUGGAGGCUGUCAAGGACAAUGGCGAAACUGCACUCAUGCUUGCGUGCAGUAGUUUCCACAGCAAUGUAGAAACCAUCGAUUUCUUGCUGACCAAAAAUGCUGACGCCAAUGUAAAAGACAUCAAAGGGAUGACCGCCCUGAUCCACACGUCUCGCGAAGGAAAUUUAGAGGCGCUGCAAAAGCUGCUUCAACACGGCGCCGAUUUGACUUUGAAGGACGUUGAAGGUAAAAACGCCUUUCACCACGCCAUACGCCAUUUUGAACUAGUCUCGUUCCUGCUCGACCAAAACGGAGACCUGGCGACGGAACAGACUAAUGACGGAAGCACGGCAUUGCACCUGGCCUUGAAAACCGGCGAUGAAAGAGUACUUCAAUGGAUCGUCACAAAGAACAUUGACAUAGAUGCCAGCAAUGACGAAGGAGAAACAGUACUGAUUCUUGCUUGCCAGAGGAAGAAAUGGACCAGCGUCGAUAUGUUGCUUGCCAAAAACCCUGACGUCAACAGAAGAGACAAAAGAGGGCGGACUCCUCUGUUCUAUGCUGGCAACGCCGGAAACAGGGAGGUGGUGCUAAAGCUGCUCGACCAUGGCGCUAACCCUGCUUUGACGGAUGAUGAAGGACGUAACGUACUACAUCAUGCUUCCAUGGGAUUAGUGUUGAUCUUACACGAGCGAAACCAGGAUCUAAUUCACAAAAUGGACUCUUCUGGAAAUACUCCACUGCACAACCUGGCCUACAGUAGAAUUGAUGAUUUCUCAACCCUGGAGAGUCUCACUGCUGAUUUCAAUGGAUGCAACCGCGAUGGAAAAACGGCAUUGAUGCUGGCAUGCAUGAAGGGAAAUGUAGAAUACGUCAGAUUUCUGCUUUCCAAAGGUGUCGAUGUCAACAAAAAAGAUUUGAAGAAGAAGCGGACUGCUUUGCACCACGCUGUCGUCACAGGAGACAAGAAAACAGUGCAGCUUUUGAUCGAAAAUGGCGCUGAUACGACUGCAAUAGAUGACGAAGGGCAAAACUUGCUGCACCUCGCCAUCCCGAAUUUCGAAUUGGUUUCGCUCCUGCUGGAGCAAAACAAAGACCUGGCCAAAGGGAAAACAGCAAGCGGAUGCACUGCUUUACACCUGGCCUUGAAGGUGAGGCGUGAUAAUUACGACGACAGAGUUGUUUCCUUGCUUUUGGACGAAACAGCCGUCGAUUUGGACGCUGGAGAUGACAACGGAAAAACCGCACUGAUUCUGGCCUGCGAAAAACGCAAUUGGAGCAUAGCCGAUGUUCUCUUGGCGAAAAAGGUAGACGUCAACAAACAAGACUCUCAAGGCACUUCCGCCUUACACGAAUGUGUCAUUGCUGAAAAUUACGGGGCAUUGCAACAACUGCUGGAACAUGGCGGCGAUUUGACUCUGAAGGACAAUGAGGGCAAAAACCUUUUGCAUUACGCUGUGAUUCACUCAGAUUUAAAAAUGAUAUCAUUCUUGCACAGGCUUGACAGCAAUCUGGUGAACGAAGUAACUGCGGACAACAGCACCGCGCUCCAUUUUGUCUUGGACAAAGACGAUGAAUGCCUGAUCGACGAAGACACGGUUUCUUGGCUAUUGACGCGAACAAAAGUGAAUGCCAGUAGAAUCGAUGGGAAGACCGCACUCAUGUUGAUCUGUCCUCGAUCUCUAGAUUUGGACGUGGUUGAUUUAUUGCUGACCGCAGAGGCGGACUGCAACAAGCAAGACCUGAAAGGUCGAACCGCCCUGCACCACGCUGUUGCCGGUUAUGAAAACAUGAAGAUGGUUCAGAGGUUGCUUGAACACGGAGCCGACCUGACUUUGCUGGACGACGAAGGGAAGAACGCAUUGCACCACGCUCUCGGGCGCGAUUUCAAGAUGGUCCUCUUCCUGCACGACAUAAAUAGAAAUUUGGCGAAGCAGAUUACCAAAAACGGAAGCACGUCGCUGCAUCUGGCUUCGGUUGAAUAUGCUGCUGACCGUGAUUUGCUGCCUUGGCUCUUGGACGAAAUCGAUGCCGAUUUGAUACACGUGAAAGAUUUCGAUGGGAAAACAGCGCUGAUCGUUGCUUGUGAAAACCGUUGCUGGAAAAAUGUUAAUUUUUUGUUGACCAGAAACGUUGAUGUUACUGCACGGGAUAAUAACGGUAGGAGCGCUUUGGACAUUGUAGAAAACACAACAAUUGACGGAUUUACAAAAGAAGAAGGCUUGAAAGCGAGGCAACUGUUGAGAAAACUUCAAACCGCGAUUAACUCUCAGUAAAAUGAAUUUAGCUCAUCUUCAAUAAUUUCAUUGUAAUUCAAGAU